AUGUCCUUGCCCAACAACGGCACCAACGGCACCCCGGUCGAGGCAACCAUCGAUGUACUCAUGACCACUCCGGAAACCACUCCCGAGGCCACUGCGCCCACGAUACUAGCAGUAGCGACUUCAGCAGCUGAAGACACUUUAGAACCUGUACCUGAUGUAACACCACUACGUCCACAACCGGCAGCAAUGGAAGACCCCAAAACAGUAGCGACGCGUCAAAAAGUCAUCGACAUCAUUGACCAUCAGUUCGACCUCGAAAUCCUCUUGCGCCAUGCAGAGAGUGCGGCCAUUGCACGGGAGCUAGCAAAAACAGAGCGUAUGCUGGAGGACCUGCGACACGCCAUUCUGAGUGAACGGCAAGGAUCACCGUAUGGCAACUCGACUGUCUCACGUACUUUCGGAAAUCAGAACCAACAACAAAAUCCGUACUACAGCAGUCGGCAGAGCUCCAGGAGAACAACGGCAUAUUACGGACGAGAUGUGCGACAACCAGAAGCUUUAUACGCUGUCCGUGCAGAUGGACAGUUUGUUAGGCUGGGCUGUCCACGAUGCGAUCGAUAUGAUUUUGGAAGCAUACAGGGACUCAUCAACCAUAUGCGUCUGUCCCACAAGUUGGUCUUCAAGAACACAGAAGAGGGCGUGCGGUAUUGCGGAAUCGUUGUUCCUUCGAGUGAAGUACCGCUAGAUCAUCCAUGUCGCACAAAGAUUGUUUUUAGCUCAUUGGGAACCAGCGAUGUCAAUCAGGGACAGCCUACAAUCAAGACAUAUGACGAGGAGGUGGAUCUGGACUCGGACGAUGGUCACUCAAGAGAUGACGGUCUUGGAGUUUUGUCUCAAGCACCACGGAGGACCAGCAAUGCAUCUGUAAACUCAUCAUCGAAUGCAGGAUCUGAAAGCGAUUCAGAUACAUCAGACGUGAUCUCAGGAGGUGAGUCAGGACUAGGGGCAGGAAAGCGACGGCGAUCAUCCUUGGCUCUUAGUAUUGUUCGUCCACAAAAGGGAACUCCUCGCUCAAAGUCAAAUAUGGAUUCCGAAAGUGAUGGCACGGAAGAAGACAGUGAGAGUGAAACAUCCCGGCCGCGUCACGCUGGAAAGGGACCGAUGAGAAAGUAUGGAAGCAUGUCACAGAGACCUCAAUCGAUGACACCUAUAGUAGAUACAAGACGACCAGCAGGUUCGUCGCGGCUAAGUACAGUGACACCUUACAGUAUGCCUGAAAGCCGAAUGUCGAGUGCCACGAGCUCUAGAGCAGUCAGUCCAGCUUUUCAUCCGUUGAUGAACGAAAACGAUUAUUCAGAACCGUCGACUCCAGUGUCUGGAUACCCUGCGGCUACGAUACCCAUGUCCUCUCCACAUCCUCCAGUUGCCGCACGGAACUCAGUCGCCACAGCAUCGGAUAAUACGUUUGUCAUGCCAUCAGUGGCGGCGCAUCAACCAGGAACACAAUACCUACCACAGCAAUCACAGCAGCUUCAGCCAACAAUCAUUUCGUUUAAUGAAAAUGCGAUACAGGCUGGACUCCCAGCGCCAUUGGACACUAUUGGGUCUCGAUUCUAUGUCAAGAGGCGGAUCGUUGUUGGAAAUGUGUCCAAGUAUCUUCCGGAGGACAAACGUGACCCUCGACUGAAGGAAUUCCCGUACAAAUGGAUGAUCUAUGUUGAUGGAACGCCUAAGCCCGAAGACAUUACCGCCUAUGUCUUCAAGGUCGAAUUUCAUUUGCACGAGAGUUACAGGCCGAACCAUAUCGUCACUGUGUCUGCACCCCCCUUCCAUCUCAGCCGUUACGCUUGGGGAGAGACCCAGAUCAAGGUGCGCUUAUUCUUCCACGAUGCACGGAAUAAGCCUGUCGAAGUCUAUCAUCGCCUUGCUCUGGACCCAACGCAUUGUGGGAGGCAAGUGCAUGGAAGGGAAAGACAUGUAGAUCUGGAAUUGGACAGGCACACGACAUUCUUGGCCACAGUGCCACUCCAGACUCGGUCCAAGAGCAGCAACAAUAUAUCCGAAUCACGCAACAACCUAAUCUUGAAUUCGGCAGCCGAGGUGGCGAUGGCCGAUGGCGCAGAGGAGGACGAGCAGGAGCUGCAACACACACUCUCCAAACCCAGCACGGCAUCUGUUCACGGACAUGGCGGUGCUGGUACUGGUGCUGAUGCCAGUGGCAGGGGAGGAGCUGGCGUGCAGAACGGUUCAGAGGCGGCAGUUGUGGAUACUGUACGGGCAGCGUCAAUGGAUGAAGGAUCGGUGAUGAAGCGUAAGUCGAAGGAGACGACACUUUUGUACUGCAAGGCUUGUGGCUCCUUAUGGAAGCAGCAUCGAGAGGGAGCACUGGGAGUUGCGGGCGCAAUAUCGGAGCCGGUGCUAUUGAACGAGGAUGAUGGACAAAGGAUUCCGAACUGCCCACACCAUCCACAAUACUAUGCUGUCAAAGACGUUGAAGAAGAUGAGCAGAUGCUGCUCUCUUUGUUGGUGGGACGAUCGAGGAACAAGUUUGCACUGGAUAUGUUGAAAAACUGCGGGAUUGUUGAUCAGAAUGGGCGGCCGCUUUCGAGUCAUGAUCGGAUGAUGAUGGAAAUGCAAAUGGAUUCAACAAUGGAUUUGGAUAUCGGGGACAGCGAGCUGCCAAUAACGCCUAUGAAUUUGGCAAGCACACUCUCAUUGGAGCACCAGGCUAAGGUGCAACAGCUCACGGAUGCGUUGCAGAGGAUGGAGGUGUACAAGUGUCGGCGGUCAGAGAUUGAUUGGGUGCUGUCCGUGAUGGAUGAGUUGAAGUUGAAGACGCUGCUUUUGGAUGGAGGCGCCGGUGGAGGUUCAGGAGGAUCGAGGAGUGGGCUUCGGGAACGAGAUCAGGAACAGGAGCAGCUGUUGAACACAGCGGGACUGGCCAAUGUGCCUGAAUCAAUGUCGCAAAAAGCUGUGGUUGGAGGACUUUUGGUUCAGGCAACGAAAGCAUUUUUAGGCAGCCUGCUCUCGAAGGCAGUACAGAUCCAUCGAGCUGAGGCCGAGGCUGAAAAGGGACCGGAGUCUAUCAUGAUGGAAUUGGAUGCGCUGCACGACCCAGCGGGUGAGGAGCAGAAAGCUACCUCGAAGGAAGGAGUGAAGGUGUUGGACAAGUUGUUGACACCUUAUCAUGUGUACCAGGCAUUGCAGUCGAAUCCGGAGGAACUGGAUUUCUUGACGAGCCAGUAUGAAGACAUGGAAGGGAUUGGAGAAAUGAUGGCUGGGCUUUAG